GGCUCCCGGCUGGAUUCAAACGCGGCGCGGAGCCGGCGCGGCCGCGCCCAUGGAGCCGCGGCUGGUGGGGCCCGGGCCGUACCGCGCCACCCGCCUGUGGAACGAGAUAAUCGAGCUCUUCCGUGCUGGGAUGCCCUUACGGAAACAUCGCUGUCGUUUCAAGAGCUACGAGCGAUGCUUCAAAGCCUCGGAGGCAGUGGAAUGUUUGCAUGAGCUGCUUGGCUCUAACCAAAAUUUUGGCCCAGAAGUGACUCGCGAUCAAACGGUUAAGCUGCUUAAAAAAUUCCUGAAAAAUCAUGUAAUCGAAGAUAUUAAAGGAAGGUGGGGCAAAGAGGACUUUGAAGAUGAUGGCCGUUUGUAUAGAUUUCCUCCUUCCUCGCCACUGAAGUCAUACCCAAAGAAACUUUCAUGUGGAAAGGAAGUAAUUAAAUUUCCAGACUGGAAUGAACCAAGGGCUGGCCCUUCUCAAGAACCCAUCCCAGUGAAAUCCGUCGCAAUGAACUCUGAGAUGUGGUACAAGCGACACAGCAUAGCUAUCGGGGAAGUACCAGCAUGCAAACUUGUGUUCCGCAGAGAACUAACACAAACAAAUAUAGAAGAGAUAUGGAAAUCCAUGACUUUAUCACGAUUACAAAAGGUGUUGGGUUUGGAUUCUCUGGAUGAAGUGUUAGACACAAAACUUGUGAAUUCAAAACAUAUAGUUCAAAAUGUAUAUAAUGUCAAUAAGCAAGGCAUUGUCACUUUAGAGGACAAAUCAAAGGAACUACCUCAUUGGAUAUUAUCUGCAAUGAAAUGUCUAGUAAAUUGGCCCAGCUGUUCAGAUCUGAAGCAGCCUACAUACUCAGGCUUUGAAAGAGAUGUCUUCAAAACGAUAGUGGACUACUUUAGCCAGAUGAAAGAACCUCUUCUCACAUUUAAUUUUUUUGAUGUUUUUGUUAGUGUGUUAGGACUGCUGCAAAAACCCAGCAAGGCUGUAGAAGCUCUUCAGAUAUCUUGCCUCCUACUGCCGCCAGAAAAUAGGAAAAGACUACAGCUUUUGGUGAGAAUGAUGGCAAGAAUUACUCAAAACCAGGAUUUGCCACGUCUUUCUGAAUCAGUGAGGACCAGAACUUUGAUGGUUCAGGCAUUUUCCCGUUGUAUUCUCUGCUCAAAGGAUGAAAUAGACUUGGAUGAACUUCUUGCUGCUAAACUAGUAUCUUUUCUCAUGGAUAAUUAUCAAGAGAUCUUAAGUGUUCCUUCUGCUUUAAAGUCUUCCAUAGAGGAUCAUGUUGUACAUCUCCAGAGAGUCCAAAUAAAAUAUGCUGGGGCUGAUAGUGAUGCAACACUUCCUCCUCCAUCAUUUUGUCACCAAAUCACUGCGGGUGAAUUUGAAUACCAAAGGGCAACUGGCUCUCAAGAACCACUGGCAGCUUUGUUGGAAGAAAUUGUAAUGAAUAAAGAAAUAUCUGUGAAGGAUAAAAAGAAGCAGCUCAAGCAAUUUCAGAAAUCUUACCCUGAAGUGUACAGAGUACGAUUUCCUAGCCCUGAAACCGAAGCGAUGCUAUUUCCUGAAAAAACUAAACAGAAACCACCAAUACUGAUGUGGGCCUUAAAAAAGCCUUUUCAGCCGUUUCACAGAACCAGAAGCUUUCGGAUGUAAAUGGUUUGAAAUAUAUCAGCAAACAAACAGAGACACAGUGUAUUGUCAAUGGAUCUCAUGCAAAAGGAGCCUGAGCAGCAUAUGGUUACUCAAAAAGAACCUACUGGGGAUACUGCUAAGAUCAUAGAAAAUGUUGAAAGAAGAGGAGAGUAUUGAGGUUGUAGUAAUGUGAACCUCUAUCAGUAUUUUUGUAAAGCAUUAUUUUUUUAAAUGUCUGUUACUUUAAAACAAGCAAAAAAACAGAAAAAAAACUAAACAAACAAACCCACCGCACACUCAAGGGGAUUAUUCUAUAUAUGGGUGAUAAUGUACACUUGCUGUGGUUUGUUUUGACUAUAAUUUUAAGGCCUAAAUGUAUUUGAAUGUAAUGUAUUCUUUGUAAUUAGUCAACAGCUUUUUUCCCUCCCUGAAAAUGAGUGUCUUGCAUAAACUAGGCUGUAUCAGUGCACAUAUAGUGUGAGGAAUUAACUUACUGUACAUGCUUGAAUAAGUAUGAAACACUGGAUUUUGCUUUGCUUUUUGUGAGAGAUUAAUAUUAAAAGUUAAUGAUGCAAUCAAUUGGCUGUUUGCACCCCUCAACCACAGGGGAAGGGGAGUGUUUUUGGGUAUGUGGUUAUGCAACUUUUUGGUCUGCCCAGGUGCAGAGGGGAUGAGCACCCAUCACCAGAGGAUGACCAUGACAAACCCACCUUUAUGUAGCAGCAAGCUAGGGUUUGAGACAGAUAAGGGAAAACACCUCCAAGAAGCAUAUCCUGCAAUGUUGCUGGUUUGCUGGUUUUUAUCAUGCCAAUUUCCUCCCUUACACAACUGGCUCAGGCAGAAGAUUCUCUCCCAUCCUGAGAAGUACAGGAACAUUCACACUUAGGCCUGAGGGUGUUUAUUCCUUCUGUUAAGGCAGAACUGGCUCAACUAAGCUGGCAUGACAGGUGGGUUGUGUCUGCCUCCAGACUUAUUUCUUGGGCCUGCCGCCAGAGGACUGCAAAUGAUCCACAGUGGUGCAAGAGAUAUUGUAAAACUCCUCCCUGAGGAGAAAUACCUUGGCAUUCCCACCUGAACCUGUGGAACCGAUUGGACUUUGGGUUUCAGGGAUUUCCCUUGGCCGUAAUGGAUUGAAAUUUUAACUGUUACUUGAACCACUGGACAUCUAAAUUGCAACAAUCAGGUUUCAUAGGGUGGUGAUACCUUUCCUCUUCACUAUCUGUUCUUAUUCUUUCUUUUUAUUUUCCCUGUAUAUUUUCUCAAGUGUAAUCAUUUUACUUUUAUAUUGCUCUAUUUCUAUAGAUAAUAACCAAAUCUGUUACAUAUUUCCUCUCCGUUUUAACUAAAUUAUUCCAAAAUGAACCUGUUAUCUGUCUGCCCCUCUGUCUGUCUAUCUGUCUAUCUAUCUAAUCUUUUGAUUUAUAAAACCUCCACCAUGCAUUCAGUGUUGCAUCACUCUAGUGUGCCCUGAGGGAUCUGUUGACAAGAACAUCAGUUAACCUGCCUCAGGGGCAGAUUGUAACAUUGCUGACCCUAACAUGGCAGAUUUAUUUUUGAAAAGUAGUUCUCAAUUUCCUGAUUCAUAUGGUGCAUUACAGGUUGAGUGUCCUUCCUUUCAAAUUCCAUUAACUUUUUGUAAUUCUGACCUAUUCUGAUAGGCAACCCAGCCUUUUCCUCCUAUUUUCUUACUGCAAAUUGUACAAAGCUGGGUGCUUGACAAUAGAAUGUACUUUAUCAGAAAAUUUUAAAGCCUUGAGGUUCCUCUAAAAAUGGAAUUCAGAUAUUGAAGUGGCAUUGUAGCGUACAUGCAUUUAUGGAUUUGAUUAAUUUUGCAUUAUGAAAUCUAGUGUGCCUAUAUCCUGAUUGUACAUAUUGUAGUUGAU